AUGACCUUGGGACCUAUAGGCUCACAUCCCGCACUUCCGUCGGCCUUCAGAAUACAGACUCACCGUUUAUCCAAUAUCCCCCCUCCCGGUACCUGGCCACCGUCCCGUCGCGUUUGUUUCUUGGUUUGUGGUCCGCGGGGAGCGAAGACCGGGGAAUUGGGGGACCGUGGAAGCUACCCGAAAUACCCAGUUUUGGGCAGAACAGACUGUCUGAUUCGUGGGCCGUGUCCACAGGGUUCACGAAUGGGCUUUGGGCUAUGCGGAUGA